UCGCGCAUGCGCAUCAGUGCGAGAGGCGAGGGGAUUUAAAUAUGAGGUAGAGUUCAGAGCGCGCACAACUCGUGUCUGUCUCUUUUAUUUACUCGCGUUAUCAUAAUGCAUUGGGCUAUUAGCUCUCUGGCUGUGGGAUUUUUCACUCUGUUUGUCCUUCAGAGGAAGUUUUAUCCUUACUUUUGGGCUGACUUGAUGUACUACGCGAGAAUCCGUCGCGUCGGGAGGUCGAUGAUGGCGAGGAUGAAGCGCGGUGUCGUCACGUAUCUCCAGAACUUUGAGCUUCAGGCAAAACGGAGUCCAGAUAAAGCCUUUAUCGUGUGCGAGGAUCAGAUAUUUACAUACAAGGAUGUGGACGAGAGGAGUAACAGAUUUGCACGCGUGUUUCAGGCUCAUUGCGGAUUGAAAUGUGGGGACGUUGUGGCUCUUCUGAUGAAGAAUGAGGCGGAUUUCAUCUGUGUUUGGUUCGGACUCUGUAAACUGGGCUGUGAGGUCGCGUUUCUUAACUUUAACCUCAAACCUCAGUCCAUAAAUCACUGUCUGCGCAGCUGUGCAGCCAAAGCAGUCGUCAUCAGUUCAGAGCUGAUGGGAUCUAUAGAUGAAGUGCUGCUGAUGCUGACAGAUCAUAGCGUUGAUGUUUGGGUGGUAGCGGACGUCUCCUCACAUCAGGAUGUCAGGACACUGUUGGAUAAAGUGGAUGUCGCCUCUCCAGAGAAGCCCCUGGUUAACAUCCCUCAGCCAAACCUCAUAUCCAACUUCUUAUUUGUCUUUACAUCAGGAACUACAGGACUGCCGAAAGCAGCUCGUAUCAGUCACAUGAAAGCUGUCAUGUGUAUGGCGUUUCUGCGCAUGUGUGGAGCACGUGCAGAUGAUAAAGUCUAUCUGACACUACCGCUCUAUCACAUGUCCGCAUCACUGCUCGGGAUCGGAGGAUGCAUCGAUCUCGGGGCGACUUGUGUUUUGAAGAAGAAGUUCUCUGCCAGUCAGUUUUGGAAGGACUGUCUGAAGUAUGACGUUACUGUGUUUCAGUAUAUUGGAGAACUCUGUCGAUAUUUGGUCAAUCAACCAAAGACUAAAGAGGAAGCAGUUCAUAGCGUUCGUCUUGCUGCAGGAAGCGGUCUUAGAGCUGACGUUUGGAGAGAGUUUAUCCGGCGGUUUGGGAAAGUCCAGAUCCGUGAAUCUUACGGUCUAACAGAGGCCAGUAUUGGCUUUGUGAAUUACACAGAUGAAAUUGGACCCAUUGGACGUGCCAGUUAUUUCAAUAAGCUCAGUUUGCCUUUUGAGUUUUUACAAUGUGAUCCACAAACAUACGAGCCCGUACGGACAGACGCAGGCCGCUGUAUUAAAGCCAGUAAAGGAGAAACUGGGUUAUUAGUUGCUCCAGUGACGUUCACAAACCCGUUUCUGGGUUAUGCUGGAGAUAAAACUCUGUCAGAGAAGAAACUCCUACGAGAUGUCUUUAAGAAAGGAGAUCUUUAUUUCAACACAGGAGAUCUGAUGCUUCAGGACCACAGAGACUUUGUCUACUUUAAAGACAGGAUUGGAGACACAUUCAGGUGGAAAGGAGAAAAUGUCUCUACCAUGGAGGUUUCAGAGGUGUUGGGUUGUCUUGAGUUUCUGGAGGAUAUCAGUGUUUAUGGAGUCACUGUACCAGGAUACGAGGGUCGGGUUGGAAUGGCUGCUGUCGUGUUAAAGGACGGUCAGGAUUUAGAUGGAGAUAGAUUGUACGCUCAUCUUCUUCACACUCUUCCUCCGUACGCAUGGCCGUGGUUUCUACGAGUUCAGACUUCCUUAGACGUGACGGAUACGUUCAAGCAGAGGAAGGGAAAGCUGGUGGAGCAGGGCUUCAGUCCGGAGACCGUUCAACAGCCGCUUUACUUCCUGGACACAUCCGUGAAAGACUACAUCCCCUUGACUCUACCACUGUACCAAGACAUCAUAUCAGGCAAGAUAAGACUUUAGAGACAAAGAAAGCAACUGAAUAGCAACAUCUCAUCUUCACUACAAAUACAUGUGAAUGUUGCUAUAAACAAUUAUAGAUGCUGAAUAUUCAGGAGUAUCUUUUCAAUAUUAGUUAGGAAAUAAAACUAAUGAAUCAUGUAAUACACUAUAACAAAUGCAACAUGUAAUUGAAUCUUGUUGUUAUUAAUAGUAAAGUUGCAAGAAGAUUUUUCAUAUUUAUUAGAGUUUAACAGAAGCUGUGUGAAAUAAAGAAACACUAAUACAAGCAGUGAGUUAAAACAUAUGUAAGAUCUCUGUGCAUUUACCACAGUAUCUGUGAUCAGUAUUGUCAUCUUAUAUUUACUACAGAAGAGUUUUCACUGAGAUUAACACUUUUAAACAUGUUUUAUUAGCAGUGAGGAGUGUAAUAAUGUAUUAUAGUGGGAAUAGUGUUUUAACAUUUACACACAUGUAUAUAGUGUAUGUCUGAAUGCAUAUGAUAGAUAGAGAUGAUUUAUAAACAGUUAAGAGUUUAUAUGCUGUUGUAUAGUAAGAGAUAUUUUGUAUAUUUAGUUUGUACUGUAGAUUUGAAUCUUUAUCACUCAAUGUUAACAGUGUUGAGUAUAAUGUCACUGGAUUCUCAUGCAUUGUUUUGAUGUGUGUUAAAAGUUAUUUUAAUGUGAACAUCAUAUAAAUAAAGUACAGCUUUAAAACA